AUGACUUGGUUCCAAAAAGAGGUCCGGCUUUCUCCACGUGGGCAGGGAGUUUACCUUGUGACCGAUGAACUGUUGAGUCAAGUGCCUGAGCUCGGCCAGUUCAAGAUCGGCAUGGCUAAUUUCUUUGUCAAGCACACGUCUGCUGGUAUUACCCUGAAUGAAAAUUACGAUCCAGAUGUGCGGACAGACAUGAGCAAUGCGUUUGCCAAAAUCGCCCCAGAGGGCGACGACUAUCUACACAACGACGAAGGCCCUGACGAUAUGCCUGCUCAUAUUCGAGCUGCGCUGGUGGGCGUUUCGGUGGAUGUCCCGAUUCGGAACGGCCGGCUGUGCACCGGGACCUGGCAGGGUAUUUACCUGUGCGAAUUCCGCAAGUACCGCCACACAAGAACGAUUGUGGUCACUUUGAACGGCGAAAAGAACUGA